AAUUAAAAUGUCAUUAGCAAAAGUAUUAACUUUUUAAGGUCUUUUUGGGAAAAGAUUAAUUUAUGUACAUUGUAUUUAUUAUUCGUGUGUGUUAGAGAGAAUUGUAUGGUGAAAAUGUCGUUUGCAAGGGCCAAAAGAUUUGUCUACAAGGAACCUGAGGUAAAGGUGUCUCCUGCUGACUAUGAUAUACCAUGUUCAUUGGGAAAAGUAUUUACUUACUCCUCGGAAUGUCAAGGAUAUCACACGAAGAAUACUGAACGAUGUUCUUUAGGGGCUAAACAGUUGAGCCGCAAAAGUCAACAUAUUCAACAAUUUGAAGAUCCAACAUCAGCUAAUCAGAGGAACUGCAACUGUAGAAGAAACCUACCAAUUAUCUCAAAUGCUAGAAAUGGUUCAAGUUACAAUGAACGUAAUUUCCGAAGAGGCUUAAAAGCAUGUUCGACCCCGGAUAAGAAAAAAAUUAACAUUACCGAUUCAGACAAAAUGAACGAAAGAGAGAGUAUUUUUACUAGAUAUGACACUAAGAGAAUCUCUUUCAGAGAAAAGAAUAGCUCGUAUAUAAAAAAAAUUGACAAAAAUAUAAAUUCUAGACAUAAUGGGAAAAAACCGCUGAAUGAUAUACAGUUUUUUAAUAUUGAAGAAUUCUUUGAAGAUGACUACCACGGUUACACAAGUUUAGAAGAUAUUGAUAGUAGAAACACGGAAAAAGAUUGUGUCAAGGAUUAUACUGAUUUUAGUAGAAGAAACUUUGAAAGAACAAUUUUAGAAAAAGUAGAAAAUGUGAGCCGAGAUGUAAAUAAUCUUCACAACUCUUUUAAAGAAUUUAAAACCGACUUUUUGAUAAAUCAAUUUCAACAAAAGUUAAACAAAAUUGAAAAUACCACGAAUCUCACCAAUGCUCCAAGUCAUCGUAAAAGUCAGUUAGCAGAGCAAAUUCAAAAUGAAGUUUCUAAUGCUAUCGAGAAUUUGAAAACAGAUUUUUUAUCUCAACAAAAUUCAAUAGUCAGGGAUGCUAUUCUUAAAAUCGGUAGUAUUGCUGGUGACCUAUACAGUAACAGAGAAAGAUGUAAUAUCCAAAUGGAAGAUUUAUGUUACAGAGUAGUAUCAGAUUUAAACAAAAACAUUUUAAACUUAGUCGACCAAGAUAAAACAGUAGAACAUGAAACUUCUUUACAGACUGAUAAUAUGGAGUUAAAAGAGAUUGAUGCAAUUCUUAAUCCUGAUAAUCAGUUUUUUCACUACGAAGACAUUUGUAAGACACUUACAAACCAUCUACAGAUUAGCCAAAAGGAACUAGAUGAUUUGAAGAGAGAUAAAACGGAUAUAAUGAUCAAGUCUUGCAAUGCUCAUAAGGAGAUCAGUAAGCAGACAUCAGUACUCAGAAAAUUUCAGGAGGAAUUAACAGUCUUGAAGAACAGCUUUAAAUAACUUAAUUUUAAGGAAUUAGUUGUCCAACAUUAUUUGUACCUAAUAUGUACUUUUUUAGAUUAUUCAUAUUUUAUCAUUGUCUAUAUAUUUUAGUUUAAAAUUUUAACAAGCGACAUUGAAAACUACAUUUUUUUAUACACUAAGCAUCAAAAUUAACGCACCACCUUAAAAAUGCGACAUUUUUGACGUUUCGUAUUUCCUAAACCUUUUGUCCGAUUUGAGUGAUUUUUUAGUAUAUUAUAACCCUAUUCUUCAGGAAUAUCAAUGUAAUCAUAUUAUUGCUAAAGAGAUAAGUGUCAUUGUAUACCGGGUGUAACAAUGAUAGUGUGUUUUUUCGUCAAAGUUUGGAUCACCCUGUGGAAUAUUGUAACGUAUAUAAAAUAUUGAAAUGAAAAUUGAACUGUAGCCUUACGCUCUUUUAACAUUUUGCUUUUUGAUUCAUUCGAUUAAGUUGAACAAUAAAAAAGUUAGGUACUUUAACAACUAGCAAUGUUAUUCACCAAUACACGGAGUUUCUAAAUAAGUGCGACAAACUUUAAGGGGUAAUUCUGCAUGAAAAAUAAUGACCGUUUGCUUUAUAAACAUACGUUCGCAAAUGUUUGGUUUCCGAGAUACGGGAUGUUGAAUUUUUUCUUACAGACUGACGAUUUAUUUAUUGCUCUAAAACUGGUUGAGAUAUGCAAAUAAAAUUUGGUAGGUUUUAAGGGGUAGUUAUUGCGCAAUUUUUGACAUACAAUUAAUAAUUUUAUAUUCACCAUUGGCGUGCAUACGGGUAUAAAAAUUUUAGAUACAUCCCGUAUGCACGCUAAUGGCGAAUAUAGAAUUCUUGAUUGUAUGUCAAAAAUGCGCUAUAACUUCCCCUUAAAAACUACCAAAUUUCAUUUGCAUAUCUCAACCAGUUUUAGAGCAAUAAA